AUGGACUUGCAAAACAUUAAAGCGGUUUCUGCUACAGAACCUGAAGCUAUGACACCAUUAAGAUAUUCUACAACUUUUCAAAUUGCUGAAGAUUCAAAUGAUGAUAUUGUACAAAAGAUACCUCAUGGUUUGACUGCUAAGAAGAAUCGUCGUAAAAGUUUCCAACAUUUGAAAUCAAACAAUGCUUUCUCAUUAACUCCACAAAGAAUCCCAUUGACUGCUCCAAGACCUAAUGUUUUGAAUUCACAUCCAAUUGGAUUUAGUCCAAUCAAUCCAACAAAAAGAUCCUUAAUGAAUGAACUGGAAGCUGUUAAAAGUGGUAAAGAAAACUCAAAUUCAAAUUUCGAACCUUUAUCAAAUUUUGACUGGGAUACAAAAGUUUCUGAGGAUAUUGGUUUUUUCAUUGAUACCCCCUCCAGUCCUGAGAGAUUACAAAAUAAACGUCGUUCAGAGGGUAAUGAAGAUCUUGAAAUUAAUGUUAAACAUCAAAAGAUUGCAGAUACUUCAAAAGAAGAUUCUAUCGAAGAAGAAGAUGAAGACAGUGAUAGUGAACAAUCUGCUGAAGUUGACUCAGCAAAUAAUACCCAAGCUGCCGCUGUAAAUGAGGAAUCAACAACUAUUGAUAAUGAAGACGACAAGGAAUCAAGCAUUGUUUCAGAUGAAGAACCAGAAGAAUUGUCAAGAAUUGAACCAUUUAAUAGUGAAUCAAACGUUACAGAUAACAAUGUUCAAGAACAAAACACUCAUUUCGAGACUUCAGGAUCCCCAAUCACACCGUCUCGUUUUACUGAACCAGUUGCCAAAAGUCCAAAAACAGAACAAUGUAGCAGAGUCGUUGAUGAAUCUGGAUUACUUUUAGAUACUUCAAAACCACCAAUGGUUGAUGAUAGCUACAGAGCACCUGAAAGUCCAUUAUCACAACAUCAAACCUCUAUCAUUGAACCAUCAACUAAAAAUGUUUUAGAGAGUCUGGAUGAUAUUGAUGAAAUUCCAUCUGAACCUUCUUACCAGCCAGUCAGAGAAGCUCCAAGGGCUAGGGCAUUGUUCACUAUUCAACAACUCCAUGAAUAUCAAGAAGACUUCAAAAAGGCAGAAAGUUCAUUACGUGAUACUUUGAAGGAAAAACAUAAUGAAGUUAAAGAGCUUAAUACACAAGUUGCUACAUAUAAAAAUAGAAUCAUUGAAUUAAAGGAAGAUUUUGAUAUUUUGAAAUUACAAAAGUUACAAGCUGAUAAGGAAAAUGAUCUUAUAAAUACAGCACUUGAUGCCUCAAGAACUGACGUUAUUGAACUUGAACAAAGUGCCAGGGCCAAUGAAGAUAAGGUUAACAGAUACAAAUUAGUUAUUAGCAAAUUUAAAGAACGCCUGAGAGAAAAAGAGCAGUUCAUUUCAUCUAGUGAAAAGGAACUUGAGGAAUUAAACAGACUCAAAGCCACCACAGCUUCAAUGGAAAGUGAAUCUAAAUUGCGUUCAGACCAAUAUGAAAAGCAAAUCCAUUAUUUAUCUUACAACAUUGAACUAGCACAAAAAGAGAAAGUUUUAUUGAAUGAUACUACGGAAUCUUUAACUGCACAACUUCAAAACUUAAAUGAUGAAUUAAAUUCUGCUAAAUCAGCAUUAGAGGAAGCAAAUGGGAAAAUUGUUUUAGUUACACAAGACUUACAAGAAAGGGAAGACUAUGUCAAAUCAUUAUCUGAGACAAUUGACACACAAGCUAAUCAAAUUGAAGUAUUUGAAAAUGAAAAGAACUCAUUCUCAACAAAUACUACAAAGUUGAACGAAGAAGUUAAUGAAUUAAAAGUUGUUUUACAAACCAAAGAAAAUUCAUUAAUUGAAUUAUCCAAUACUAUCAAUGAUCUAUCUAGAGAAUUGAAUUUGAAUAAAAGUAUUAACUCUGGUAUGUCAGGUGCUUUAGCUACUUUGAGAAAAGAAUUGUCAGAUUUAAGAGCUUCUUAUACAGAAAUUUACAAUGACCAUGCUAGUACAAGAUAUCAACUUAUUGAUGCUAAUGAGAAUUUGACUAUCAGAAAAGCUGAAGUUACAGAAUUACAAAUUGAGCUAACACAAGCGAAAGAUGAACUAUCAAACUUACAUGCAUUAGUUUCUGAUAAGAACGAAAAUAUAAGCCAAUUGAAUGAAAUUAUUAAUGAAUCAUCAAAAGCUUUGAAUAUCAAAGAUUCAAAAUUAGCAGAUCUGGAACAAAAUUUGGAGAAACAAGAAAGUGAACAUCUUACAGAACUUGAAAGUUUACAUCACGAAUUAACUAGUUUACAAAGUAAUUUAACCAGUAAAUCAAAUGAAUUACACAGAACUAGGGAAGAAAGAGAUCAAAUACAAAGAGAAAAUGAUAAACUUGGAUACGAGUUAAGUACUGUUAAAGAAGAAUAUAGUGAUGCUGAUGUUAGAAUUUCAAAUCUAAAAUUAAAAAUUAAUGAAUUCAAAGAUGUUAAUAAUAACUUGGAAGGCCAAAUUAAAACUUUAAGAACAGAAAAGGAUAACCUUUCAAAUGAAACAGAGAAGAGACUUCAACAAUUAGCAGAAGAUCUUUACAUUCAAUAUAGUAAAAAACAUGAACAAAAAGUUCAAGUUCUGAAGAAAAACUAUGAAAACAAAUGGCAACAAAAAUUAUCAAGAACUGAAACAGAUAAUGAACGUUUAAGAGGUGAAAUUGAAGGUUUGAAAGCUCAAUUAGAAGCUGAAAGAGCAGAAAAAGCUGAGGUUCUCAAGUUAUGGGAUCAACUUAGACAAGAACAAAGUAAAGAUUAG